GUUCCCUAUGAUGUACAUAUAAAAUAAAUAAAAAAUUGCUAAAUAUUCUUUAUGUAACUCUUGAUCUGUAGUAAGGAAAACAAAUUCUAGCAAAGUUCACUUCUAUUUUUGUACUGUGUAUUGCAGUCAUGUUGAGAGCCAGAGUGACUGUUGUAUGUAGGUUCUGUUGAGAGCCAGAGUGACUGUUGUAUGUAGGUUCUGUUGAGAGCCAGAGUGACUGUUGUAUGUAGGUUCUGUUGAGAGCUAGAGUGACUGUUGUAUGUAGGUUCUGUUGAGAGCUAGAGUGACUGUUGUAUGUAGGUUCUGUUGAGAGCUAGAGUGACUGUUGUAUGUAGGUUCUGUUGAGAGCCAGAGUGACUGUUGUAUGUAGGUUCUGUUGAGAGCCAGAGUGACUUGUAUGUAGGUUCUGUUGAGAGCAAGAGUGACUGUUGUAUGUAGGUUCUGUUGAGAGCCAGAGUGACUGUUGUAUGUAGGUUCUCUUGAGAGCCAGAGUGACUGUUGUAUGUAGGUUCUGUUGAGAGCCAGAGUGACUGUUUUAUUGUAAGUAGGUUCUGUUGAGAGCCAGAGUGACUAUUCUAUUGUAUGUAGGUUCUUUUGAGAGCUUUAGUGACUGUUGGAUGUAGGUUUUAUUGAGAGCUAGAGUGACUGUUGUAUUGUAUGUAGAUUCUGUUGAGAGCCAGAGUGACUGUUGUAUUGUAUGUAGGUUCUAUUGAGAACUAAAGUGACUGUUGUAUGUAGGUUCUGUUGAGAGCCAGACUGAUUGUUGUAUUGAAUGUAGAUUCUACUGAGAGCCAGAGUGACUUGUAUGUAGGUUUUGUUGAAGGCCGGAGUCACUGUUGAGUUGUAUGUAGGUUCUGCUGAGAGCCAGAGUGACUGUUGUAUUGCAUGUAGGUUCUGCUGAGAGCCAGAGUGACUUGUAUGUAGGUUCUUCUGAGAGCUAGAGUGAGUGUUGUACUGUAUGUAGGUUCUGCUGAGAGCCAGAGUGAUUGUUGUAAUGUAUGUAGGUUCUGUUAAGAGCCAGAGUGACUGUUGUAUGUAGGUUCUGCUGAGAGCCAGAGUGACUUGUAUGUAGGUUCUGCUGAGAGCCAGAGUGACUUGUAUGUAGGUUCUGCUGAGAGCUAGGGUGACUGUUGUAUUGUAUGUAGGUUCUGUUGAGAGCCAGAGUGACUGUUGUAUGUAGACUGUGUUGAAGAAGCCCCACCAUAACCUUCAGCACCCCCACAUAAUAGAGCUUCAAGACAAAUCCACUAGUCCUUCUACCCUUUCCAAUCAGAAUGCCACCUAUAACUUCCUGUAUAGAAGUUCUGGAGCCGUGUACGCUGAGAGAGAGACCUAUGGUUGCAAUGCCUCAAGGCCUUAAUGCUAGUGAGGGGCUCUUGAUUCAAGGAACUUGAGCUAUCCUUCCUUUGGAUCAAACUUGACUGCCUGUUAUUGCCAGGCGCUGUAUGACCACUGUGGGUUUACUGCUUCCACACUCUUAUAAGGGCUGAGCUGUAUAGCCCUUGUGGCUUAGCGCUUCUUUUUGAUUAUAAUAAUAAUUAUAAGGGCUGCGCAAGUCAUAAGUGCAUUCCUCUGUGAACCAUUGCGUAAGAAACGGUAAUACAGCUAAUGUUAUAACUUUAUUAUGUUCAGUUUAGUGCUUGGUUUUAUUCUAAUAAUUUAUUAUGUUCAUCAUACUCAUGCUAAGGAUGGUUGUGUCCGAGAUACAUAAUAGGUCAUGAAACUCAACUUUCAAUAUACUUUUACAUAAACAAAUUACAGUAUUUGAAUUAACAUUUUUAUUUCUAUUUGUGGUACAAAAAUAAUGUAGUUUACACAUAAUAAAACAUUGUUAGGCACAAAAGAAAGUCACUAGUAUGUAAUGCAUUUUGGGCAAACUAAUCCUCAUGCUUGGAGACUAUGAUGUGGCCUGGUAGACAACGUUCUUGCCUCACAUGCUGAAUGUCCAUGGUUUGAUCCCCGGCAUGGGUGGAAAUAUUGGUGUGUUUUCUUACGCCUGCUGUUCCCAUUCGCCUAGCAAGCAAGUAGGUACCUGGGGGUUAUUUCACUGGUGUGGGUGGUACCCUGGAGGACAGUAUUGAAGGACCACAGUGGAAAUAAGUCACUCUGUCUGACUUUUUUGGGUUAUCCUAGGUACUUUACACAUAUGUUGCUAUGUAUGAUAAUCUAUGUAACUGUAUUUGUGUAUACCUGAAUAAACUUACUUACACAAUGGAAAUAACAGUCACUCAAUAACACACUGACUUUCUUGGGUUAUCUUGGGUGGCUAACCCUGCGGGGUUAAAAAAUUUAACAAAAUCUUAUCUAUCCCUCAUAAGAUUUCUUAUGCAAUUAACUACAAUCAUAUGUACAAUACGAAAGCUAAUGAACAAUUGGUACAAUUUCAAAGAUAUGACAUUGUUUCAGACUGAUUCAAUGAUCUUCAGUUUUUUGGAGUGAUUGAAUAGAGAUAGUGAAUAUACAGAAAGUUACUUAUAGUAAAAAAAAAUGAAACAGGUUGCGUAAUUACUUUUUUAUGGUAAUUUUAUAAAGACUGGAAGAAAAGUGACAGUUGGGCGAGUUAGAAAUGUUUGACAGAGCUUAUUGUUGGUUCAGUUAGGUUAAGGAGAUGAGGCUUUUUUUUUUUUAAUAGGUCUGAAUGAUAAUUAGAGGGAGGCGGAAGGACAAGGUCACAGUUUUGAGGUACAUGAUGGUAUGUGAAGGUCACAGUGUUGUCAGGGGCCGUGGUGUGUCCCGUGACGUCAUCAGUGUGCACCAAUCAGGUGGCAGCAUUAUCAGGGCAUCUGACACACCUCCACUUUCUGCCACACGCAACUUCAACAACAAUUUAACAAUUGUUAACUUACAAACUCUUUACAUUUACCAAACUGCAUUUCAAACAAUAAAGAGUUAGUCCUAGAUACCACUGAAAUAACUGUGUUGCUUAAAUAGGUACAUUGCUUAACAGGAAUUUGUAAGACAACUUUUAAAUCAGUGGAAGCUGGCAUUUAUGUCAGGUGUGAGUGUGGUAAGCCUGGGUGGGAGCAGCAGUCUACCCACAACCAUUGACACGGGUGUUUGUUCCUCUCUUCUUUCUCCAUCAAAGCUUUUAAAAUGAAGUCUUUCAUUGAUAUUCCUCCUGACAGUCAUUUUCCCAUCGAGAAUUUACCGUAUGGGAUAUUUUCAACCUGUGACAACCCAAGGUGCCGUAUUGGUGUUGCUAUUGGUGACAUGAUUUUAGACCUGUCAUUGAUCUCUCACUUGUUUACUGGACCUGUCCUCAAAGCCCACCAACAGGUCUUCCAGCAGGUCACCCUCAAUGCCUUCAUGAGCCUAGGCAGGUCAGCCUGGAAAGAGGCAAGGUCAACAUUGCAAACUUUAUUAAGUGAUGAUCCAACUCUACGUGAUGACCCAUCUCUCAGAGCCAGAGCUUUAGUGCCUCAGAGUGCAGCUAAGAUGCAUCUUCCAGCAGAAAUUGGUGAUUACACAGACUUCUAUUCUUCGAUUGAUCAUGCAACCAAUGUGGGCACAAUGUUCCGGGGCAAGGACAAUGCUCUUAUGCCAAACUGGAGGUAUCUGCCAGUGGGUUAUCAUGGUCGAGCUUCCAGUGUAGUAGUGUCUGGCACACCCAUCCGCCGUCCAAAUGGCCAAACACGGCCAAAAGAUGACGAGCCUCCUGUGUUUGGACCCUGCCGACUGAUGGACUUUGAACUUGAAAUGGCCUUCUUUGUUGGUCCAGGAAAUAAACUGGGCGAACCCAUUAGUGUGAGAGAUGCCCAUGAACACAUAUUUGGCAUGGUUCUUAUGAAUGAUUGGAGUGGUAAAUAUUAAUAUAGACUAUGUAUUUACUGUAC